AUAGACUUAAAAAUGGCGUCAUGCUUCGACGGUCAUUUAGAUGUUUGACGAGAAUUUCAAGUUGAAUCUGUGUGAUUUCGAGUGAUAUUUGUGCGAAUUUUUUAAUUAAAAGACUUUUACGGAUAGUUGUGUCGGGCUCCGACACUCGGUCGAGUCCAUCUGGCAACACUGCUCUGCACGCUUUCCAAAACCGAACGUCGCCGGAGCGGACCGAGCAGCGGUCGUAGAGUGAAGGCAGCCCUGCCACGUAAUUGCGGAUCAAUAAACAAAUCUGUGGUGCCCGUAUAAUACAAGUAUUUAACGCCAAAUUAUUGAAAUAAUUGUGAUAUUUAGUAUUCUCAUUUGUUCGUGUGAUAAUUCACCAACUUUCUGACUGUGAAGGCGAAUCAGUUUAGUGCGUAUUGGAUAAUAAUAAUAAUGACUUGUGUGAAGUUUCUCAAGCGUUCUGAUGCUCCCCUCUACCAACUUGGCUAGUUGUUCCACGGGCGUCCAUAUUUGUGUAUCUCUGGCUGGCCAGACUGAUAUGGAGCACUAGUGACGAUGCGCGCCCCCACCCCCUCCGAGCCGAAGUCUACAUUUCCUACCUACCAAGUGCCUCAAGUGUCAGCCAUGAGGGGCAGCGCACCCCCAGUACAAGUCGCUCGGGCAGCUUGGGGGGGUCGAGCCGAUCCCCCGAGCCCACCCUGCGUCGAAAUCGGCGCCUCAUCUGUGAUAAACGGCUCAAGUUGCCGUUCAUACGGCAACUCUAAUAUUAGAAUGCAAUCUGUGACCGAAAACUGUCUUCUGAACUCUGUUACCGUACCAAAAAUACAACGUAAAGACCACUGCAAGGUCGCCCACAAUAAUAGCGAUAAGUUAGAUAGUAAGUUUGGUGCUUUACCCCUCGGACGAGACAUUCCCAACCAAAAGUCUGAUGACCUCGAAGUACUCGACCUCAAUGCACUGAAGAACCUCACCGGUAGUACUGCAACUAGCUGCGAUAACAACGACUAUCACUGCGAUGAAACGUGCCGCGGGCCCCAUGCUCAGCGCACAAGCGAGAACUAUGCGGCCCCUUUGAGAUUAAGGGGCGGCGGCGAGAGCUCGCUAAGCACAGGCACUUCUGGCUGGGGCACCCCACCUUCUCAACAGGCCAGUAAUAAUAACGCUAACACUACGAGCGGCUGGGGAACAGCCAAUCCUGCAAAUCAAAACAAUACAGGCACUCAGCAAUGGAACAAUAACGCUAAUCGACCACCAACCUCAAACCAGGGACCUACACAAGAUGCCAACAAGGCUAAUUCUAAUCUCAAUUCGAAUGGACAGCAGCAAACGCCCUCUUCUCAGCCGAACAAUUCCAGUUGGGGCCAGCCGGGAACAAAACCAGCCGCCAGCAACAGCGGACCCCAACCCACGACCUCGACCUCCACUGGUAAACCGCCGAAUACCAGCACCCAACCGAACACGACCACGUCAACCAAACAGCAACUUGAACAAUUGAACAACAUGAGGGAAGCCAUCUUCAGCCAGGACGGUUGGGGAGGCCAACACGUCAACCAAGACACGAACUGGGACAUCCCGGGCAGCCCAGAGCCGCCCAUGAAAAUGGACGGCUCGGGCCCGCCGCCAUGGAAGCCGGCGAUCAACAACGGCACCGAACUGUGGGAAGCCAACUUGCGCAACGGCGGCCAGCCGCCCCCGCAGCCCCAACAGAAAACCCCGUGGGGUCACACCCCGUCCACCAACAUCGGCGGCACCUGGGGCGAGGACGACGACACAGACAGCUCCAACGUGUGGACCGGCGUGCCGUCCGGCCAACAGCAGUGGGGCAACACCGCCAACAGCGGUGCCAUGUGGGGCGGGCCGAAGAAGGAGACUGAGUGGGGCGCGGCCACCGGCAAUCCGGGCUGGGGCGACCCGCGGACGGCCGACCCGCGCGCUGCGGCGAUGGACCCGAGGGACAUGCGUCCGGACCUGCGGGACAUGCGAGCGGGCAGCUCGGAUCCGAUGCGCCUGUUAGACCCGCGGGAGCAGAUGAGACUGGCGGGAAGCGACAUGAGAGGCGACCCGAGAGGAAUUACAGGAAGACUGAACGGCGCCGGGGCCGACGCGUUCUGGGGACAAGCAGGACCACACACAGGCGCCCAGCACAUGCAUCACCAGAGCAAGAUGCCGGUGGGACCCGGCAACGGCGCGGGAUGGGAGGAACCGUCGCCGCCGACGCAGAGGCGCAAUAUGCCGAACUACGACGACGGGACGUCGCUGUGGGGCAAUCCUCAGCAAGGCUCUCACUGGAAAGAUCUGCCCACAGGGGCAAGUAUGGGACGCGGCAGCACUGCCGGUCCACCAGGAAUGGCCCAAUCUCGCCUCAAACCAGACGGUUCUGUUUGGUGCCAUGGACGUAACGGUUCAUGGGACGAAUCCGGCCCGGGAUGGGACGAGACCGUCCCAUGGAACAAGCAAAAGAUGGGAGGCGCCCACUUGUGGGGCGACAACGAAAUUGACUGGGGCCACAAACAAGGUCCUAAACAAAAUCUCACAAAAGAAAUGAUCUGGAAUUCCAAGUGUUUCCGCAUGCUGAUGGAUAUGGGAUAUAAGAAGGAAGAAGUUGAGACAGCUUUAAGACGAGGCGACAUGAAUUACGAAGAUGCGCUUGAAAUACUAUCGCGUAACCCUGACGGUUGGAGAAAUCGCCAUGACGACCAUUAUGACCAUCAGCAAUUUCCCGGACAAAGGUUCCCUUCGGGACCUCCUGGACAAAUGUCGUUCCCACAGGUACUACGGCGAAACGUAAACGCGAGUAAUUCGCAAGGAGCAUUUCAGGGCAACAAUGCUCCCAAUCUACUUAACAACAUGAACAGCUCCGGCGGCCCCAGCAACUCCCUAAUCAACAAUAUAUCGCCCGCUGGGGUGCAAAAGAUGCUCACCCAAGGCGGUGGCGGCUCACAAGGGUUCGGCGUUGCCUCAGCCGCCGGCAGAAACUUGCAACCGCAGUCGCAGCCGUCGACACAACAACUGCGAAUGCUCGUUCAACAGAUCCAGAUGGCCGUUCAAGCCGGCUAUUUAAAUCACCAGAUAUUGAACCAGCCGCUCGCGCCUCAAACGUUGAUUCUCUUGAACCAGCUGUUGCAACAGAUCAAAACACUGCAACAGCUGAUGACUCAACAAUCGGUAGCUCAAUCGCAAUGCAUCAACGGCAAGCCGAACAGCGCUUUGCUGCAAUGUUCGGUACUUAUAACGAAAACGAAACAGCAGAUAACGAAUUUACAAAACCAAAUUGCUGCGCAGCAAGCGAUAUACGUUAAACAGCAGAACCAUGGCAGCAUAGGCGGACAAUCUGACUUUUUGAAGGCAGCCACACCGAUGCAUGAUUCUAUUAACGCGCUACAGAGCAACUUCGCCGAUCUAGGCAUCAAAGAGCAAGUGAAUCAGAGUCAGUCUAGACUCAACCAGUGGAUCAACAAAGACAAAGAAGAAGGGGAUAACUUCAGUCGAGCUGUUGGUUCAUCCUCGAAACCUUUGACCACCUCGCCGAACAUGAAUCCGUUAGGACUUACUCAACCAGAUGGACCAUGGUCUAGCGGUCGCAUUGGCGAUGGAGGUUGGCCUGAAUCCGGAGGUGGAGACUCUUCAAACGAUGGUAAAGACGCACAAUGGCCGACGUCUGCUCAACCAUCCUUGUCUGAUUUAGUACCUGAAUUUGAACCUGGAAAGCCCUGGAAGGGCAAUCAAAUAAAGUCAAUCGAAGAUGAUCCCAGUAUUACCCCCGGUUCAAUAGUGCGUUCGUCGCUCUCCAUCGCCACCAUAAAAGAUAACGAAGUGUUGAACAUGAAUCCGAACAACAAAAGUCCUCCAGCUGGGGAUCCGAUCCAACCUUUGAGUCUCAGCUCUUCGACCUGGAGCUUCAACCCGCCGUCUUCGACGUCCAGCGCUUUCACAAGUCCACAGAGCAAACUGCCUUCCUCCAAAGGCGGUCUGGGCGACCUAAACCCUACGACCGCCGUCACUUCGGACCCGUGGGGUGCUCCCAAGGCCGCUCGCGGACCGCCACCGGGCCUUUCCGCCAAAGGUGGCGCCCUCGUCAACGGAUGGUCUAGCAAUCUGACGUCGGCGUCGUGGGGCGGCGGCCAGCGCGGUUCCGGCAACUGGGGCGGGUCUCCGUGGCUACUCCUACGCAACUUGACUGCUCAGAUUGACGGGUCGACUUUACGCACACUCUGCAUGCAGCACGGUCCCUUGCAGAGUUUCCACCUCUAUUUGCACCAAGGUUUCGCUCUUGCCAAAUACUCGACGCGUGAGGAGGCUACAAAGGCUCAAACCACCUUGAAUAACUGCGUGCUCGGCAACACAACGAUCCUGGCCGAAAAUCCGUCGGAGUGGGACGCCAGCGCUCUGUUACAACAGGUUGCAAGUCAACAAAGUUCAUCCGGCGGCUGGAGGGGCUCCAGCAAGCAACCCAGCACAGGAGGCGACACCUGGAGCACGGGUUGGACAAACAGUCAAUCAUCUGCUAGUCUGUGGGGUAGUUCCACAUUGGAUACGAGCGAUCCAGCACGAGCUACCCCUUCGAGCUUGAACUCGUUUCUUCCCGGCGACCUCCUCGGAGGUGAGUCAAUGUAAUUUAUAAAAAAAAAAACGAAACGAUUCUGACUUCUCACAUUAUAUUGGGUGUUGAUUAUUCUUUAAAUCUGAUGUAAGUUUUUAUUAUACGUUUUAAAAGAAGUUCUUUUUACGGAGUGACUUUGUAAGAAGGAUAUUGAAAUUGUAUUAUUCCAAACUUUUUAUUGUUAUUUGUAAAUUGUAUUUUUAAUUUUUACGACGGUUGUUGUUUUUAGGAUUAUUAGAUUGCUUUAUAUUUUCUGUCAAUUAAGUUUCACAGAUGUACACAAUCCAGUCGUAAUAGUGAAUGCUUUUUUGUUUUAAUUUAAAAUUCUAAGAGUUGCCAUUUAUAUUAUUUAUUUAUUUAAACACAUUUGUGUAUAUUUGUGACGCAGAUUUGUCUGUAAAAAUGUCAAAUAAAGUAUUAAAGUAAAAAACAAAACGAAUCCGAAUCAGAAAAGUUGUCAACACUUGUUACUUAAUCGAAAAUUUGAUGAAAAUGAUUCCAAUUAAAAGCGACUGUGAAGCGGCGUUGUUCUUGUUGUUUUCCACUGAAGGCGCUCAAGUUUCUAAACGCACUUAAUGUGACAUUCAUUUUAGACGUAACCCGAACUAGUCCCGAGCAAGGUUAAUUAUAUAUUAAAAAAAUAUAAUAUAUAUGUACGCGACCAAACUCAUUAUUCGUGUAUUUAAAACAAAAAAAAAAAAAAAGAAAUGAAUUAUUUAAGGUGUACUGUAUGUAUUUCAUUUGUUCUCUCACUUUAGAUAUUUUUUCCUAUUAUUAACUAUUGUAUAUUAAUGUUGUUUUUAAUAAUUUAACGUACCUAAGUUGUUUGUAUGUGUUUGUUUCCCAGUGUGGUAUGUCCGUUCUUUACACAGGUCUCGGCGCGUGGCAUUUGUUUAAAUAAUAGGUCUUCUUUAAUUACUAGCGAUCAAUUAAUCAUGAAACCGUGCAAGACGAAAAAAAAAUUCGUCAUAUCAACACAUACAGGACAAGUAAGGAAAGAAAGAGUGAGAAGAUGUGUGUAAAGAAGGUGCUGUUAAUUUGUUAACCCCACAAAACCUGUGAUCUCCAAUUCCUUAUAUCAAAAUACACAUACAAAUUAAUCAUUUAUGUAAUAUUGUUAUGAAUUAAGCCGGUCCAAAGGCGGGCCGUAAGCUGAAAUAACACCACACAAUCAGUUCUUAGACUGCACGCUAUAAGUAUUCUUAAAUAAAUUUAGUAAUAAACACAAUAUAAUAAUAGCGGAUAAUAUAUAUCGUUCUAAUUAUAAAAGUUUAUUAUAUACCUAUAUAUUACUGUAUUCUGUGUACUGUAUGUAUGUUAGCCAUAGACUUGGAUAUGUUGUAAUAUUAGUCCAUUUACUGUGAUUUUUUUGUUUCUGCUCGGUAACCGGACGGCUCGCUCGCUCGACUCCCCCCACCACCUACACCCUGAUGAGUGGGCGUGCCCGAACGGCACCACACGAAACAUGUUCAAUCACAUUGUGUUAACGUGGUGUUCAUGAGAUAUUGAUUCAUCUAUAGCUAACAGUAUGAAUGGUGACGGAUGAGCCAUUCUGAGUCUUGAGAUCGCGUUUGGUGGCGCCCUCGCCCGACGCCACUACGAACCCCGCGCCAUCAAAAUUUCGACUCGCAUUCUAGUCCGACUUAUUUAAUUUAUUUAUAUAUUGUCCAGCAAUGUUACCUUAACUGAGCUCUAGUGAAAGUAAUUAAUUAAAAGAAUACGGAAAAGACUGAAAAAUCAUAAGAUCUUUUAAAUGAUGAUGACAAGUGCAUUUAUUUUUAGUAAUCGAUAAUAUGGACGACGUGAUAAAUUUGGGGUCGGCUAGAGGGCGCCACCGACGAUCUCUCUGAUAUACUUCACUUAAAUUGCUCCAAAAACCGGAACGUUUCGGUCCGUUCCGAGGCGUUUCGGAGUGGUUCACUUUAGAUAUCUUUACAGGUUCGAUGCAUUGACUAACAUAUGUUUUUUAUGUACACAACUGUGCUGUGACUCUUAAGUGGCUUUUUAAUUUUUAAAAAUAAUGAAAAAACCCAAAAAAAAGUUUUGUUCAAAAAGCUCUUGUUUUAAAAGCUUCGGUUAGCUUUUAAACGGUUAUCUAUCAUUAAUCAAGUCGGUCUUGUCCCGGUUUUAUUGUAUUUAAAAACAACCUUUCACUAAGUCAUAUCGUAAUUAUUAAUGGAAAUUUAAAAAGCAGGAAUAUCGAGUCAGGGUUCGUUUAUUAGUUUGUUUUUCUGGGGUCAGGGUGACUUGAUAAGUGGUUAAUGACUAGAUAAAUGGUGCAAAAUUGGGCUACUUUUCGGGAGGUGCGAUUUCACUUGCUUUAAUUUUACUUGAUGAGAAAUGAAAAGACGCUUUAUUUGGACCUCUCGGACAAGCCUAUACGUUGUAAGUUCCAAUAGAAUUUCUAAAAAAAAUCUAGUAUCUUAUUGCCAAUUUAGUAUAAUGAAUGUAUUAGAAGUUAGGUAUUACGAUAUUAAUUAGAAUUAAGAGUUUGGUAGUAGGGUAUUCUUUCAUGUUGUGUAUUAUAAAUAUUUGACAACCGACUCUGAAUGUUAACAGACAGGAACAUUUUUUGCAACAGUCGUUGGAUAUGUACCCCCUUUUAUCUCCCCCUGAUUAUUAAAAAUCGGUUCAUUUAAGUGCUUACCUAGGUGUGCGGAACGUUUGAAACUGAUAUGCCAUAAAUCAAGUCAAAGUAGUAACGGAAAAGGAAGGCAAUGAUGGUGGUACAAGUCAACUAAAUUAGACUAAAGUAAUACUUAUAGUAUAAUAAUGUACCAAAAGCUAUAGAGAAUUGUUUUAUUUUUAUUUAACCAGUUAAAUAGGGUAUUUUUGAAUAAAGUAGGGAUAAGUUUUAAAAAUUGAAAAACGGCAAAAACCACUAGGCGAUUGCCUCCCCGCAAUUGCCCGAGUCGUAUUGUGAUUUACUUACUAAUUUAAACUACCCACGUUAUAUCGAGUGUGCAUUAUAGGCGAAACUGUGUCCGGUUCACGUGGUCCGGGGACGGUUUUCCUAAUCUUCUGUGUCUGAUAUUGUGUACCUUCAGAAAAGUAGUUUUUAGUGUUGUUUAUUUAAUACAUAAAAAGGGAAAAAAGCAAAAAAAAAAAUGAAUGUAGGUUAAGCUCAGCUUAAGAUCAUAUGGUAGACUAUAGGUUCUGCACAAUAAUAUUGAACUACUACUAACCUGUGGCCAUUCGGGCUGUUGAGUAACCGUGACGAACGGUUACGUACGUAAUUCAACCAAAUUGACACGGAUUUACUUAAAGAAAAAACAAGAGAACGAUAAAACGCCAAUCCGAAAAUUAAAAAAAACAAGUUAAUCAACUGAUGCUAUACCACAAAACAAGUGAAUAACAUAAAACGUGUAGAAGGAACGGAAAUAUAGUAUUUGAUUUAGGUUUACAGUAUUUGUGAUCAAAGUGCCACUUGUGUUUCAAGUAUAUAUUUAAUCAUUGUCGCCACUGAAACUAUAUAUCUUAUAUAUAAUUAAUUAAAGAAUAUAUUAUAUGAACAUUAUAUGGUAAAACAUAGACGGCAUAUCUGCCUUAGUGUAGGGUAAAAUUUUUUGGUGUUCGGUAGCUGUAAGGAUGUUUAUUGAGCUUAAUUAUUCCUGGAUUCGGGGGGUUCGUAACCAGACACGUUCAAUUAGAGAAAAAUCCCAAGACAUGUGUAUAGAACCGCCCGGAUUGACUAAUCCAUUAAAAUGAGGCGUUGGCAAUAUAUAAACAUAUAUUAUAGUAACGUUUUAUCCAGAAUACGGUGGCUGUUUGUUAUUAUUGUGUAUUUAUUAAGACUUACAAAAUGCCAAAGUUUUAUUGUGUGUGUCGAUGCAAAAUUUGGAAUGUUUCCCCUCUUAUCGCCUCGAGCGCCAUCUCUCGAACCGCCGGCCGGAGCAGCGGCCCCUUCUACAUGUCUUAUCACAUAUUGUUAUCCUUCGACAGAUGACGGUCGACGGUUUCGUUUAUUUGAGCCAUAUCAAUAACAUAUUAAAAUGAAAUGCCAACGUGAUGAGACAUUCAUGAGGUUAGUAAUGACUUUUCGUUUCGACGACGACAUUCCUCUCUGUAAAAUUGCAACAUUCACAAGGUCACUCGAAGUCUGCCAAAAAUUUUUUUAAAAAAGAUGUUCGUUCACAUAGACGUUAUUUUUGAAAGACAAGAAAUAGUUCGGCAAUAAUUCGGUUACUUGGAUAAAAAAAAAAUUAGACGGCCAGUAUCUUGUUGUUGAAUCACACGUAAUGUUCAUCACGCUUUCGCUUGUAGUUUUUGAUAGUUGCAAUGUUCACCAUAUUUGAUAAUACCAAACGAUGUGCCUCUUUGACUUAUUGUUAUUUAUACACGACGAGCACGUGACCUGCCCGGUCUCGAAUUUUUCCCAUUAAAAAAAAAUUAAUAUAAAUGUCUUACAGACCUGAGCUUCGAUAUUUAAAAAUAAGAGUUGAACGAAAAGGUAUUCGGGCGAUUUGUGUUGAAUAAUAUCAUACCUUCUUCUCCUGUCCCAAGAGACGUUCGGUUUGCGUUGUGUUAUUUUUUCGUUUACGUUCGGGAAGGUCGAGGUGUACAUGGAGUGAAUAUUGACGGUCGAAUUAAAAAAAAUAUUAACAAUUAAAUGUCUGAUCUAAGUCGUAAUGGUUGGUGGGUAUAGAAUAAGUUUAGUUUUACUUAAAACUCGUUACUUAAGCGUAGAGAAGGCAGCAUUUAGUCAAUAACUUAGUAUUACAUUAUAGUUGUGACGUCACAACGUGCAAUACUUUUCCUUUUUCCAAGUAUUAUUUUUACCAUACGCUUUCGUUUCUAGUGGAUAUAUUUUUAUUUAUGUGCAGUCUCUUUGAAUCGGAUACUCGUAUUUUUUGUUUGUUUGUUUUUUGACUUUGCUGCACGCAUCUUGCCAUCCCGUUGAUUAUUUUUUACACUAAAUACCAAAGACGUUAAAGUGUCAUAUAUGAUCAAUUUUUUUUGUUUGUUUUUUAAAUUUCUUUCGUCUAGAAUUUCCGCCAAAAUCUUCCAGCUAAGGUUGUGAUAGUGUCGUAGUGUUUUAAUGCUUUUUAUUAUUUUUAUGAUUUCGUGUUAGGUGACUAGACCCGAAUUUGACCCUGUUCACGGCCAUUUUCCGGAUUUCGUGUUUUACGUUUAACUUGAUAGAGCCAAAUUUAGUGUUAGCACAAAGAAGAAAUAACAAGUGCCUAUUUAAUGUGCAAUUGAUCUUGGGCCUGACUUUUCGACAGGGUUUUAAUAAUAUAAAUAAAGGGCGAUUCGAUGAUUGUAUAUUUCAAUUUCAAGGUCAUAGCCCCACUGUACAAAUUCACAGAUAGUAAAAACUUAGCCCUACUAAUGAAAUGAAGUUGAAGUUACAUAAUGUGUUUUUUGAUUGUUUGCAUCAAAUCGAUAUCGGUGUGGACUGCGACGAGCGCAAUCGUUUUUCGAAAAUCCUGAGUUCCUCUGUUGUUUUUCUUGUUUUUGACGCUUGCGCCGGUCGCGGCUUGCUUCGACUGUUAUUUAGUUGACGAUCUCGGUGAGAGAUUAAGCUAGCUGGAACUGCCAACUGUAAAAAGAUAAAUGAACUUAUGUAUGUCCUAUUUAAUCAGAGUUUUACUCGUACGUAGGUUAAAUAAUGUAACAUAUGCUGUGUUUGAGCUACUAAUCGACACUAGGGGUUUCCCGAGCACAGCCUGACGGUGAGUCGCCUGGUGUGCGCUAGGUGUAGGUAGUUUGUGGGGUAGUAGAUGAUCGUUAGGCCCUCUUUCUCAGGUUUAGAAAUAUCGUCACUGUUUUUUCUUAGGCUGUAGAAUCGUACUAUUAAGCAACUAUUCGUACAUUCCUUUUUUUCGAAAAAAUUCAACCAAAAUUCAACGGUUUCGGGCUUCUUAUCAUUUCGGAAAAACAAAAACGUCGGUUUUCAGGUCGAUUAAGAGAAAUCUUCAGACGAGAUUUGUGAAGAAUCAAAAACGAUUUGCCUUAAUAAUGACAAAAGUGUGCUCUCUGUCUAGUUUCUAACUUUUUUAGGAUAUUAAUAGGUUAUAGGGUAUCGGGUUAAAGCCAUUCGUUGGCCAGAAGACUGUAGGAAUACCAGGUGAUUAAAGCGAUCGUCCGGCCAUCAAAAUUCCGGAAUCGCUUUAACGAAACGAAAUAUUAAGUAACUUAAGACUUGCACAGGUUAAGUAUAAAGAAUUUUGAGAGAACACUCGGUCCAUAUUCAAAAGGUGCUCUUAUUGUUGUUAUUAAUUGACAGCUUUAUUUUGUGGGUUUGUUCGAUGAAUCUCCCUUGCAAUAGCCGUUGGUCAUAAAUAACGAUACAAAUCUAUUUCGGUUUUCUAUAAUAUUUAAAUAAUUAAUUAGAUAAAUUUCAUGAAAAUUGUUCGUACGUCCGACUCGAUUGACAACCAAAAAGAAUACAAGACCCAAAUUUUACUUGAAAACGUGCCAAAAUUUUGCUUAGAAACUUUUGCUCACGGCGGUCGCGCGGGCUAUCCGCGAACCGUAUACGCUUACCUGCUGUGUAUAUUAACUUAUAUUUAAAAAAAAAUGAAUGCAAUAUAUAUAAUGUGUAUAUAUUGGCUGAAACUGUACAAUUGUUAUAAUUUCAUAGUAUAUAAUGUAUAAUGAAUUACUUAAUUAUAGGGUUAGGAAAUGUGUUAUUAUAUAUCUAAGGUAAUAUAGUAUUAAUUACAAUAAAUAUUUUUAAAAAAGAAAAAAAUCCGAUCGCUGAUAUUUACUCCAUUCGUACGCCGACGCCUCAGAUCAGUUGAAUACGACGAUCUUUUUCUAGCCUCCUCUGUUUAGUUCUCGUUACCGGUGAUCCAGAAUGGUCCGUCAAGUUCCAUACUCAAAUACUAACCAAAGGUGCGCGGACGCACUGCAUGACUUUGAAGAAGAGGCGCCAUUUUGGCUCACCGCUACCACGUUUUUCUCUCCUAGGUUAGGUUAUGGGUUAAUCGGUUAAGACUACUAUUUAAGUGUGUUCAUUUGUAAGUAUCGUAGGUUUUGCUUAUCUUGUUGCUUAGUGCUAUAGCAGAACAGUUAAUCUCGGAAAGCAUACGUUGUGUAUCAGACGAAAGUUUUUGAUUUUUCAUUGUCGUUUCCUCUUUUCGGUCGAAAUUGAACUUUUCGUUACCAAAUAAAUAAAUAUAUAAUAGCAUCACAUGACGAUUUUGAAGAAUGAAUAGAAAAAUAAUGGCCUAAACAAGUUCCCUCCUCUAAACUUCUAGUCCAACAUAAUGCCUGAACAGUUAUUCCAUUCUUGUAGCAUUUUUUUUAAUUAAUUAUUUAUUAUGUAAUGUUGAGUUUGUUGUUGAAAAGUAGUGCAAGUUUCGUGAGAUAAUUGAACAAUCACAAAGUACUAAUAGCAAUCGUUAAGCGUGUUAUGAUUUGGCGUUAUUUGUAGAUUAAUUGAAAAUAUAAAAGCCUUCCAAUCUUCCAAGAGUGCAAGAGAGUUCCUUUAAUUUUUAGCGACUCGCUUCGACGACUGAGUCUUUUUAACAAAUCGUAUACCUGCACCUUAUUAUGGUUGUGUUAUUUAAAGUAGAUGAUUUAUUUUUUGUUCUGUAAGAGCUGUAAUUAGUACUAAAGUAGUUAUUCGAAUAAGGCAAUAUUUAAAUUUAUUUUUCUGUUGACAGUUUGAAAAUGUGAUAUGCUGACAAUUUUAUAAUACAAAUUAUCGCAUCUGAGGUACCUUAUCUAACAUCACUAUCGUUCGUAGUUGAAGAAAAUUUAAAACAAAAAACGUAAUUCAUUAUGACAAUGUAUAUCGAAACAACUUAAACACCCACGCAUCGAUCAGUGCGCCCCCCGCGGGCCGUUAUCAACGAUGUACAUUCUCAUCGUCGCGGUACAAAUCGACACUAUAGGCUUAAUGCGUCUUUCAGACAUUUAUAACGGUCUUUUAUCCAUUAAAAUUCGGACAACGGUAGUUUACAGAUGUGCGGUCGGCUGGGUCUGAUCUGAUUUAUUUUCUUCAUAAGACAGGUAGAAAAGGGGAAUUUGAAAAAAAAAACGUGUGAAUCUCUAACAAGUCGACGACAUUAGCUUUCAUGUCCGAUAUUGGGAGGGUAAACUCAGGGACCAGGCCAAAAUGUCACGGUGAUAUCAAAUAAACUUAGACAAAAUUAAGAAAAUCAAAUCUGAUGUGUACUACACCCCCAAAUAAUAACGUAUAAUACAUUUCAAUAAGAUAAUUAUUUAAUAAGAACUCAAUUGUAUGUUGUAGGAACAAAAAUUUGAAAAAAAAGCUGUAUAAACGUUACUAAAACGACAAAAAAAGUCAAACCCGACUGCACUGUUUAUUUAUGAUGUAUUAUUCUAAAUUUUGAUGGUUAUUUUGAUGCCUAUACGAGUCCAAUCAUGUGUCUACCACAACUAUGCAGUGCAGCAGGGCACCUAGGUUAAGUUAGGUUAUGUAAGUGCUUUUAAACAACUACAAGUUGUUAUGCUCUGUACUUGUAACCCAAUUGACCAGUAUGCAUUCAGUAAUAAAGGUUGUCUUAAAUGUAAA